UGUGUGUGUGUGUGUGUGUGUGUGUGUGUAUCUGCGCAGGACCCUCCCUCCAUCUGCUGGCGAACACACAUGCACACAAACCUUAACCUCCUUCCCCUCUCACCAAACCAACCUCAUGCUCCAAGCGGACCUUUGCCCGCUGGCAGAUCGCUCCCUUCCCGAGGUGGGCUCCAGGGCUGGGCCUGGGCUCCAAACAGCUCGCACUCCAGUGCUGAGGAGAGACGCUGCCAGCAGGAGCCGAGCCGAAACUCAAAGUGCGUGUAGAUGUUGACAGCGUUGACCUGGAGCGGAGCUGCCGGAAAGGCAACCCCAGCGAAAGUUGUGACCCUAGCCGGGAGCUGUGCCUUUAAGCCGCGUUCCCUAUCGGGGAAACCGACGCCAGCACUCGAGGGUCGGGAGGCUCCCGAGAGGCCCCUCUUUUCUGCACUCCCCCUCCCCCGCCCCCGCCCCCGCCCCCGCUCCCGCCCCUUCUCCCCUCCCCGCCUCGGCUGUCCGGCCGCCUCGCGGCCAGCCGUCACCUUGCCGCCUGCCGCACUCCUGGAGCGAGAGAGCGACGAGCGAGCCACGGCGAUGGUGCCGCCCGCGGCGCAGCCAUGGAGCCCUCCCAAGGAGCCCGCGCGCGCCGCUGCCAGCCUGCCCGCAGCCCGCUGCCUGCGCGCCAGCUCCCCGUGUCCCGGGCCAGCUGCUGCCGCCCCGCCAGCCUCUGCCCGCCACGCCGCCCGGCGCCACUGAGCCCCACGCCCGUGCCGGGCUCGGGGACACGGGCGCCCUAGUCCCGCCGCCGCCGCCGCCGCGCCGCCGCCGCCGACGAGGAGGAGGAGGAGG